AUGCCCACCUCCAAAAGGCCUGCAACGCACUCAUUAACUCCUCCGGUGUUACGAGUAUCCGUCCACGGGCUACCAAUUGCUUACCAUGAGGCCAUGGAAAUAGCCCCUGAGAGACAUGAAGUAGAAUAUGUAAAUACGAAAUACUUGAAGAACUUGUCGGUUGUGUUCAGAAAAUUCAGUCGGAACUCUCCCCUGUAUGUCAGCAUGGAGCUGGAAUCUUUGGUUGGAGUCGGUAAUAACAUGACGUUGAAAAUGGCGCUUUACGAAUAUCUCGCCGGCCAUUACAUACCGACCCCUCUAAAUGUAGCGUACAAGUUCUGCGAUUUCUUUCGCUACGAACCGUUCUUCGGACAAAUGUACGCAAAGCAGUUUCCAGAAAAUUGGACGUGUCCAUUUCCAGCAACCGCGGGACCUCUGAACAUCGGACCUGUUGAACCCCGUGUAGGGGUCUAUUGGUUCUAUGAGGCGCGCGCAGACCGCUAUGCGCCGUACGCUCGGGUCUGA